AUGUUGGUGAUCCUGCUGAACUGCGUGACCCUCGGCAUGUUUCAUCCCUGCGAGGACAUCGUCUGCAACUCCGAAAGGUGCCACAUCCUGGAGAAAUUCGACGACUUCAUCUUCGCUUUCUUCGCCAUCGAGAUGGUGAUCAAGAUGGUGGCUCUGGGGAUCUUUGGCAAGAAGUGUUACCUCGGAGACACGUGGAACCGCUUGGACUUCUUCAUCGUAGUGGCCGGGAUGCUGGAGUACUCGCUCGACCUGCAGAACGUCAGCUUUUCGGCGGUGAGGACGGUCCGUGUGCUGAGACCUCUGAGAGCCAUCAACAGAGUGCCAAGUAUGCGUAUCCUGGUGACGCUGCUGCUGGACACGCUGCCCAUGCUGGGGAACGUGCUGCUGCUCUGCUUCUUCGUCUUCUUCAUCUUCGGCAUCGUGGGGGUGCAGCUGUGGGCCGGCCUGCUCAGAAACCGCUGCUUCCUGGGAAACGUCUCCAUCCCCGUCUCCGUGGAGCUGGAGAAAUAUUACCACACUGAGAACGACGACGAGAACCCGUUUAUCUGCUCGAUGCCGCGGGAGAACGGCAUGAGGAACUGCGGCUCGGUGCCCAAGCUGUACGAGGAGGGGGGGCUGCAGUGCAACCUGGACAUGAACUCCCACAACAGCACCGACAACACCACCUGCAUCAACUGGAACCAGUACUACACCAACUGCUCCGCCGGCUCCGUCAACCCCUUCAAGGGAGCCAUCAACUUCGACAACAUCUGCUACGCCUGGAUCGCCAUCUUCCAGGUGAUCACUCUGGAGGGCUGGGUGGACAUCAUGUACUUCGUGAUGGACGCUCACUCCUUCUACAACUUCAUCUACUUCAUCUUCCUCAUCAUCAUCGGCUCGUUCUUCAUGAUCAACCUGUGCCUGGUGGUCAUCGCCACUCAGUUCUCCGAGACCAAGCAGAGGGAGAGUCAGCUGAUGAAGGAGCAGCGAGUCCGCUUCCUGUCCAACGCCAGCACCCUCGCCUCGUUAUCCGAACCCGGGUCCUGCUACGAGGAGCUGCUCAACUACCUGCUGCACAUGAUCCGAAAGGCGAGACAGACGGCGCACAUCAUCCGUCACCUGGCCAGACGAGCCGGGGUCAACAUCGCCGCCUCGCCCCAAGUGACGGAGACCCAACGUAGCCAGAGAAGAGGAAGGAAGUCCUCCAGGCAGGGAUCGGUGACGGUGCAUCACAUGGCGCCCAAUCAGCACCACCACCACCACCACCAUCGCCACUACCACCUGGGGAAUGGCAGCGUGAGGGGCGUCAGGUGUGUGGAGGGUAGAGAUGUGGAGGCUCACAACAACAAUGGAGGGGCCCUUGUUGGGACCGCCAGCGCCGGGCAUCUUGCUCUGCCACCCUCAGUGACUACCGCCACCUCCGAUACGAACCUGGCCACUCUGUCCCACCCCGCCCCCGACCUGUCUUCAGUUAUCAGUGUCUUCCACGCUGAAACGCUGCGCUGUACCCCCUCGCCAACCAUGCCUUCCUUUCCCGCCGCCCCGGCUCCCAUGUCCAAAUCCAUGAAGAGGAACUCUGUACCGUUCGCAGGUCCGGCGCCGAAGAACUACCCGACCCUGCAGGCCCGAGUGCUCGCAGAGUCCAGGCGAGCGAGUGCAGCCGCCGGCACUCUGACCAACAUCAGCUUCAACCUGAAUAUCCCGCCUGUACCGCAGGAGAGACGGCCUUCAAGCCUGGUGGACACACACACUCCCACAGCCCAGCUCUCCGGCCAGCUGUCUGCUCGUGACCUCAGCACCAGCAGCGGCGCAGUGGACACAGUGGCUCUGACUUUCGACCCCGAGAGCUGCCCUUACUGCGCCAAGGCCCUGGCCAGCGAAGCCGAGGGCGGCAACGAGACGCCCGGAGACUCCGACAGUGAGGGAAUAUACGAGUUCACCCAGGACCUCCACCACAGGGACCGCAGGGACAGCCGGCAGCCCAAGAAGAAGCAGAGCGGCCUGGGCAGGACGGCGGCGAAGGUGGUGCGCUUCUGGAGGCUGGUGUGCGACACGUUCAGGAAGAUCGUGGACAGCAAGUACUUUGGACGAGGGAUUAUGAUCGCCAUCCUGAUCAACACUCUGAGCAUGGGGAUCGAGUACCACGAGCAGCCGGACGAGCUGACGAACGCUCUGGAGAUCAGUAACAUCGUGUUCACCAGCCUCUUCGCUCUGGAGAUGCUGCUCAAGGUGUUGGUCUACGGGCCGUUCGGAUACAUCAAGAACCCGUACAACAUCUUCGACGGCAUCAUCGUGGUCAUCAGUGUGUGGGAGAUCGUGGGGCAGCAGGGCGGGGGUCUGUCGGUGCUCAGGACCUUCCGGCUGAUGCGGGUCCUGAAGCUGGUGCGCUUCAUGCCGGCUCUGCAGAGGCAGCUGGUGGUGCUGAUGAAGACCAUGGACAACGUGGCCACCUUCUGCAUGCUGCUGAUGCUCUUCAUCUUCAUCUUCAGUAUCCUGGGGAUGCAUCUGUUCGGGUGUAAGUUUGGAUCCGAGGUCCUGGCAAAUAAAGACACGGUGCCCGACAGGAAGAACUUUGACUCGCUGCUCUGGGCCAUCGUGACCGUCUUCCAGAUCCUCACCCAGGAGGACUGGAACAAGGUUCUGUAUAACGGCAUGCACUCCACCACUCCUGUAGCUGCGCUCUACUUCAUCGCGCUCAUGACCUUCGGAAACUACGUCCUCUUCAACCUGCUGGUGGCCAUCCUGGUGGAGGGGUUCCAGACGGAGGGCGACGAUUCGAAACCGGGUUCAGAGAUUGGUUCCUGUGCACGAAGUAUGGAGGACGUCAACGGCAGCAAGAAGGAUUUAUCAGCGUCUGCAGUAGUGCCUGUAAAUGGUCAUGUGGACCUGAAGACGAGCCUGACUCCUCCUGUGAUCACCCACACGGCUGCAACCCCCAUGGCGGUGCUAAAGUUACCCGUCGGAGGAGACCCCAUCCUGGGCUUCGAGUCCCGGCGAGGGAGCAACGUCUCCAUGGAGCCGGCGUGCUAUGACAAGUCACCGACCAGUGCACACAGCUCCUCCUCUCAGGCCCCCUGGAGCUCAGGCAGCGGGUGGACCAGCCGCCGCUCCAGCUGGAACAGCCUGGGUCGAGCCCCGUCUCUCAAGAGGCAGAAGCAACAGUCGGGGGAGCGACGGUCCCUCCUGUCCGGGGAGGGAGGGUCCAGCUCUGAAGACGGGGAAGCUGUAGGGGAUGGAGGAGGUGGAGGUGGGCUGAUGGAGGAAGAUAACACCUCUCUGGUCAGGACCGACUCCAUGUCUCAGAAGGGGCCCCGACACCGGAGAAUGGAGUCGGUGGAGACCCGGAGCUCCAUGGAUCUGCCUCCUGAUGUUCUGCUGCAGGUGCCGAACCUGCACCGCUCGGCCAGCAUGCACAGCUCCAGACCCCCCUCGCUGGGUCACUCACGGACCCCGGAGCACAGCGACUGCAACGGGAAGGGCUCCCCGGCGGCGCUGGGUCCCACUCACGUCUCUCUGGAGGACAACACUGAGGACGAGAACGCCGAGGAGGAGGCCAACCUGAGUCGAGUUUCCAGACUGUUCCGCUGGCUGGAGAAGAAGCAGCCGGAGUGGUGCAGACAGAGAGACACCUGGUCCCUGUACCUGUUCCGUCCAGAGUCCAGGUUUCGGAUCGCGUGCAGUCGGAUCAUCACCCACAAGAUGUUCGACCACAUCGUGUUGCUCAUCAUCUUCCUCAACUGCAUCACCAUCGCUAUGGAGAGGCCGUACAUCUCCACGGUGGAGCGCAUCUUCCUCAAGCUGUCCAACUACAUCUUCACAGCCAUCUUUGUGGCAGAGAUGGCAAUAAAGAUCGUGUCUCUGGGCUGGUGCUUCGGGGAGAAGUCGUACCUGAGGAGCAGCUGGAACCUUCUGGACGGGAUGUUGGUCAUGAUCUCCGUCAUCGACAUCCUAGUUUCUCUGAUCUCAAACUCCGGCACCAAGAUCCUGGGCAUGCUGCGAGUGCUGCGGCUGCUCCGGACCCUCCGGCCCCUGCGUGUGAUCAGCCGGGCUCCGGGGCUGAAGCUGGUGGUGGAGACUCUGAUGUCUUCGCUGAAGCCCAUCGGGAACAUCGUGGUGAUCUGCUGCGCCUUCUUCAUCAUCUUCGGCAUCCUGGGAGUGCAGCUCUUCAAGGGGAAGUUCUUCAUUUGUCAAGGAGAAGACAUCGGAAACAUCACCAACAAGUCGGACUGUUUGCAGGCCAGCAAGAAGUGGGUCAGACACAAGUACAACUUCGACAACCUGGGACAGGCCUUGAUGUCCCUGUUUGUUCUGGCGUCCAAAGACGGCUGGGUGGACAUCAUGUACUACGGACUGGACGCUGUAGGAGUUGAUCAACAGCCGGUCAUGAACCACAACCCGUGGAUGCUGCUCUACUUCAUCUCCUUCCUGCUGAUCGUGGCCUUCUUCGUGCUCAACAUGUUUGUGGGCGUCGUGGUGGAGAACUUCCACAAGUGCCGGCGCCACCAGGAGGCCGAGGAGGCCAAGCGCAGGGAGGAGAAGAGACUGAAACGCAUGGAGAAAAAGAGACGGAAUUUAUUGGUUCCGGGGGUGAGUUGGGCCCUCUCUGGAGGCACAUUGAAAGAAGCUCAGAGUAAGCCUUACUACUCCGAUUACUCCCCCACUCGCCUGCUCAUCCACAAGAUGUGCACCAGCCACUACCUGGACCUGUUCAUCACCAUCAUCAUAGGCCUCAACGUCAUCACCAUGUCCAUGGAGCACUACCAGCAGCCCAAGGAGUUGGAAAAGGCGCUGACGAUCUGUAAUUACAUCUUCACCCUCAUCUUCGUUCUGGAGUCCGUGUUCAAGCUGGUGGCUUUUGGGUUCAGGCGCUUCUUUAAAGACAAGUGGAACCAGCUGGAUCUGGCCAUCGUGCUGCUCUCCAUCAUGGGCAUCACUCUGGAGGAGAUCGAUGGAAACACUCUGCCCAUCAACCCCACCAUCAUCCGCAUCAUGAGGGUGCUGAGGAUCGCACGAGUGCUGAAGCUCCUGAAGAUGGCGGUGGGGAUGAGAGCGCUGCUGGACACCGUUAUGCAAGCCCUGCCUCAGGUGGGGAACCUGGGCCUCCUCUUCAUGCUCCUCUUCUUUAUUUUCGCAGCGCUGGGAGUGGAGCUGUUUGGUGACUUGAUUUGUGAUGAGCUCCACCCGUGUGAAGGUCUCGGGCGUUACGCUACCUUCAAAAACUUUGGGAUGGCUUUCCUGCUGCUCUUCAGAGUGUCCACUGGAGACAACUGGAACGGCAUUAUGAAGGACACGUUGAGGGACUGCGGUCAGGACUCCACCACCACCUGCUACAACACCGUGGUUUCCCCCAUCUACUUCGUCUCCUUCGUGUUGACCGCUCAGUUCGUCCUCGUCAACGUGGUCAUCGCCGUCCUGAUGAAGCACCUGGAGGAGAGCAACAAGGAGGCCAAGGAGGAGGCGGAGCUGGAGGCCGAGCUGGAGUUGGAGAGGCAGCUGACAGGGGGGAACAUGGAGGCGAGGUCCCCCCAGCACAACCCUCUGGCCCUGGGCAUGGACAGGACCAGCUCUGGGGGUUCUCCCUGGAGGUCCGGAGGAGGAGGAGGAGGUGGAGAUGGUCCCAUGGAGUCGCCCACUGCUGAUAUAACCAGAGACUCUGUGAACAUCAGAGCAGACUCACCUUCAUGUCUGGAGCCCCCGCUGGAGUGUGACCAGCGGGAGGCGCAGUUUGACUCGGUGUCUCUGGUGGUUCAGAGCUCAGCGGAGACGGAGUUGAGUUUGAUGGAUAAUCUCUCCGGCUCUAUCUGCCACUUCUACGCCCUGCCCCCCCAGCCCAGAAAGCACAGCAGCGACAAAAAGUCAGAGCAGCUGGACCCCGGGGAGCCGCUGGAGGAGAACCUGCUGAGCGUCAGGAAGCCGGCGGUGGUCCGUACACACUCGCUGCCCAACGACAGCUACAUGUUCGAAAACACGGCCCCCGCUCCGGAUCAGCUCAUAGCACAGAACCAGGGGUCCCAGCACACAGUGGACCCCUACAGGGCUCAAUCAGGCUCCAGAGGCUCGGUUUGCUCCCAGCCGGAGGAGCGCUCCCAGCUGACGGUCCCUGCAGAUUUCUUCAGACCCAUCAGCCCCCACAGCCUCUCCGACUCGGAGUGUAUACCCCGCCUGCCCCCCCCCAGACGCACACACACACUCAGCCGCACGCUCCGCAGACAGGUUGCAGUCUCGACUGACUCUCAGGAGGCGCUGUGUCCCGACGGAGGGGGGAGCGCUGAGGGACUUGUAAACUUAGGCCUCCCCCUCUCACCCACCACCUCCCCUUCCUCGUCGUUGUCCCCUCCACUUUUACCGGCCAGGCCUCACCCCCCCCAGGAGGAUCUGGAGGUGUCGCUCCUCACCCGAGGGGGAGGGGGUGACGUGGUGCCGGACAACUGCGACGGCUUCGUCCGGGCGAGGCAGCUGAAGAGGUUUCACAGCGCGGACACGACGCAGGGCUGCAGCGUGCCCCCCCCUCGCCUCCCCCGCCCCUACUCCUGGCUCGACUACCCCACGGAGGUCUGCUCGUCGGGGGAGUCGAGCCCCCGCCGCAGCCCCUCCUCCAGCUUCGUCUCGCAGAUCCAGCCGUCGCCACAGCGCCGCAAGAAGAAGAUGAGUCCACCCUGCAUCUCCGUGGACCCCCCCACCGACGAAUCCGGACUUUACCCCCCAGGUGUGGUUAUGGUGGGGGGAGGGUUAGGGUUACCUCCCCCUCUGCCCAGCCGGGACACCUUUCUGAGGCGGAGGGCACCCUCUAGUGACUCCUUUGACCUCGGGGUGGGGGGCGAGGGGUCUGUACAGGAGGGAGGCGCCACAAAGCUACUGACGCCCCCCAGGGAAGACAAGCUCUGAGCACUGACACACACACACACACACACACACACACACACACACACACACACACACACACACACACACACACACACACACACACACACACGAUGCACACUGUGUGUCUUUGGUUCUAGUUCUAGUGAUGAUGCUGUAGAGCAGUGGUUCCCAACAGGGGGGUACAGGGACCCCUAGGGGGGCUUGAGGGGGUACGGGGACAGAUUGGGGACUGCAGUUUAUUUCCACAACAACAACAUAAAACAUGCUUAACCCAAAAUGCUGAUUUUGCUGAAGUGAUGCCAGGAAUCAAUCUCUCUGUUGGUCAGAAAGGGUUUACUGAGUCCAGAGAUAUGGAGAUGGGGUCAGGUGUCUGGUCAGACGGCAGAGACAGCUUACGGAGAAUAAAUAGGGGGUGGAUGUUCGGUGGGUCUGCGGGGGACGAGUGGCAGGCAGCAGGCUGACACUGAGACUGAGAUUUCUGAUCCUUUCUUUACUCUCCUUUUUUCUGGAGAGGAAGUAAAGGAACCGGAGCUCUGGAUCUAUUUGUUGUUGGAGGUGCAAUAUAUGACUCAGCAGAUUUAAGACCUGAAGACACUUUUAUUCUAAUGCAGGAUUUUCACCGGAAAGUGGGCGGGGCUUACUCUUGGCGGGAAGUGACGUUAGCGCCUCAUGCUGUAUUACUUUAGCUGUAAUUCAUGAAGAAAUCUGGGAUGAAUCCAUAAAACCCUUAAACAUGGUCGAAAUAAUUAUUCAGUUUUUACCUAUUUUUAAAUAUGUUGUAGAUUUUAUUUGACAGUAAAUUUAAGUAGUAAUUAAUUAAUUAAUUGGAAUUAAAUUGGUUUAAAAGGUGUAACCAAGAUUUGGGUUUUAAAUCUAUAUGUUUUAAAGGCAGACAAACCAGGACAAAGGUUGUACAGAUGAUGGGAAGACAACACAAAGGUUAAACAGGAAGUAGAAAACUGCUAGAAGUUAGUCGUUUUUGACCUCAAAAGAAGUGUAAAUGUGAAGUGGGAUUUUAUUUAAUGAGCACCUGGGUUAAAUAGAAGGAGAACGUAGUCGUUAGGGGUUCAAGAGACAGACCAGGUUGGGAACCACUGCUGUAGAGAGUAACAGUGGUACAGCAACAGCGGGGACCCCCCCUUCCCCCCCCUCCCCCUUGGUGAAGUACUGUAGUCAUGUGACCAUCCUUUGUCUUUGUAAUGUUACUGCCAAAACAACCACAGAAGAAGAGACGACGCGAACACACACACGACUGUUUGUCUCUUCGGCGACCCCGUGACCUCCACAGGGACACGGGCCCCCCCCUGCCCCCCCCGCGUUGGGCGCCAUGUUUAAAUCCGCCCGGCGACACACAGUGGAGGUACAAAGCAAUAUGAACGUUUUAGAGACACUAUUUUCUUAAAUUAUUGGGCCAUAGUGUUUGUACAGGAUGUUGUUUUUUCAUUUCGUUUCGAUCGUUCUGUUCAUGUGUGAUCUCGUUUGUCUUUGUCCAUUUUUUUUUUCACUGUAGGAUAUUUCUAGCUUUCUUGGUUUACUGAGGAAAGUGAACGUUUUUCAAAGUGCUGAAAACCAUGUAUUUGUAGGAAUAAUAUAUAAAUAUAUAUAUAAAAAAAACAAGUCAUUAAACUGAGUUUGGGUUUUUAAAAACA